AUGUAUGCAAAGUGUGGAUCACUUAAACAAGCUCGAUAUGUUUUUUAUUCAACCCAGAACCCAGAUAUUGUCUCAUGGAGUAGUUUAAUUGUUAGCUAUGCUCAGUUUGGACUUGGACACGAGGCUCUAAAUCUCUUCAUAAUGAUUAGAAAUCUUGAUGUCCAGCCUAAUGAGGUCACCUAUCUACGGUUCUCAGUGCAUGCAGUCACAUUGGAUUUGUGGAGGAAGAGGGCUGCAGAAAAUAUACUAAAACUUGAUCCUUGCAAUUCUGCUGCUCUAAUUCUACUUUCUAAUAUACAUGCUUAUGUCGGCAAUCAGAAAGAAGUUGCCAUACUACGAAAUUUGAUGAAAGAAAUGGGUGUACAGAAGAUUCCUGGUCAAAGUUGGAUAGAAGUUAAGGAUCAGAUCCACGUGUUCUUUUUAGAAGAUAGUUCUCAUUCACAAAGGGGCAAAAUCUACAUGAUGCUUGAAGAUGUAUGGUUGCAUAUGCUCGAUCAUGGUUAUGAUCCUUGUCAGAGAAAAAAGAUAGAGAACGUGAAGAUUUUGAGCGUCGCUGAAGACGAAAGCGUGAAAACGAGGGAAGUAGUGGAAGAGAAAACAGCGUCCACGAAGAAGAGGAAGCGCAAGGGAACCUCUUCUGAAACUGUUGCAGGAUUCAACGUUUUUAGAAGUUCCACAUCUGUGGCGCAGUCUAGUGGUGAAACGCAAGUUGAUGAGGAGUCUAUUGAGCUGAAUAAGAAGAAGAAGAAGAAGGAGCAAAAUCGACAACUCGAGCGGGACGCGAUAUUCAGGAAGCAGCACAACAUUCACGUUUCAGGUUAUAAUGUGCCGUCUCCGCUUCAAAGCUUUGAUGAGUUGAAAUCAAGAUACAACUGUCCAUCGUAUUUGCUGCGCAAUCUUAAGGAGCUUGGAUUCAGAGAACCAACGCCUAUUCAAAGACAGGCUAUUCCAGUACUUCUAGAUGGUCGUGAAUGCUUUGCUUGUGCACCAACUGGUUCUGGGAAAACCCUUGCUUUUGUGUGUCCAAUGCUUAUGAAGCUGAAGGACCCUGAAAAAGAGUUGAGUAUCUGGUCCUGGAUGAAUCGGAUAAAGUUAUUUAAGCAGAUUGAUUCUGUUCUCAAGGCAUGCUCCAAUCCCUCAAUCAUACGCUCACUGUUCAGUGCUACUUUACCUGAUUUUGUUGAAGAUCGAGCUCGAGAACUUAUGCAUGAUGCUGUUCGUGUAAUUGUUGGCAGGAAGAAUAUGGCCUCUGAAACAAUAAAGCAAAAAUUGGUUUUUACUGGAAGUGAAGAUGGAAAACUUCUUGCAAUUCGCCAAAGUUUUGCAGAGAGUUUAAAUCCUCCAGUAUUGGUCUUUCUCCAAAGCAAGGAACGAGCCAAGGAGCUGUACGGUGAACUUGCAUUUGACAACGUUAGAAUCGAUGUCAUCCAUUCUGAUUUGUCUCAACAAGAGGUUGUUCUCUAUCCCUUUGAACAUCAUAAGAUAUUUAUAGCUGGAAAAACAUGGGUUUUGAUUGCUACUGAUGUAGUUGCCCGAGGCAUGGAUUUCAAAGGUGUGAAUUGUGUGAUCAAUUAUGAUUUCCCUGAUUGUGCCUCCGCAUAUGUCCACAGAAUUGGGCAGGGAGGACUGGAGAAGCGAUUACUUUUUACAGAGGAAGACAUUCCAUUCCUGCGAAAUGUUGCUAAUCUUAUGGCAGCAUCGGGCUGUGAAGUUCCAUCCUGCCUCAUGGAGUUGCAGAAAAAAGAAGUGGAAGAAGCACCGGCCCAAAAGAGAUUCAAUCUCAACAAAACCAGACCUAUAACAGCAUAG